GAAGAAUGUUAGGGUGGUACAACUGCAUUAGAAACUGCGCGCGCAAGGUGUACGCUGAACGAUGGCGUGUUUUGCUAUGUGAGAUCUAUAAACUCUCGUGAAAAUGUGUGUUUGAAGUGUUAUGUAGUAGAAAUAAUAGUUCAAAUGGUGAAAAUUUUAAGUGACGAUUACUCAUUUAGCUAACAUCACGUAAUUUGGGAUAAUGGAGUUAAAGCUGCAUUCUCCCGCUGGGGCUGAACCCGUAUUAUAUACCUGGCCGUUAACCUCUGGUCGUGGAAACGACAAACACGAUGGAGCUAUUGAAAUUGUGGAGACUAUACGGUAAGUACAUUGCAGUCAAAACAAGUUAAAUAUUAGUUUAAAACUUCAUAUUAUACAA